AAAAUUUUAGUCUGAUAAAAUAUUGUUGUUAUGUCUAUACACAUUGAAAAAUCUUGAAAUGUUGAUGUAAAUCAAAAACUACUUAAUGAAGUACAACAUUUAAUCUUAUUCAUAUAAAAAGUCGGACUUUACUUGUUAAUAAUAAUCAAACUUUGAAAAGGAUUUCUCCCCUUCCCAUGCUCCCCCCACCUCCGGUGCUACGCGCCUCGAACACUCGACCCCCUGUAGGCAUACACUCCAAAAAAAGAUUUGCUAUGCCACUGUGGGCAUUAAUUGCCAUUAUUUACAACCACACGCACCAAAUAUAGAAAUCUAUACAUAAAAGAAAAAUACUUUCCUUAAAGGUGACAACCAAUCAGAAUUAAAGAAGUGCUUGUGUCCUAAUCAAAUAUGCACAUAUUCUACUCAUCUUUGAACUUCCAGGUCUGUGCAUUGGCAUAAUGCAAUCAUUCAAGUUAACCUAAGACCAUAGAUAUGUAGUACAAUCAUCAUUGUAAUAUGUGUCUACCGAACCAUUCCCAUUCAGCAAUCUAAAAUUAAUCACUUUUUGGGGAGUUAUCAACAAAUAUGAACCAAGAAAGUAUCUGUACCCAACAAACUGUCCACAGAUUCUGGUCAUCUUUGAAUCACGCGGUCCGAGUGUUGUUAUUAAGCAAGGCUAAUUGAAUGUAUGGCUGAAUUCAAUGACUAUAUCAGCCAAUCGUAAACAAGGAAGUUCUGCAAGGUAUAUGGAUUUCUUUUCAGAAAUGAUUUAUCAAAGCUAUCGUCGUGCCAAGCAUAUAUUUGCAAGGAUACUUAAUGUUUGGCUGAAUUCAAUAAAUAUCUAGAUAAGUUAUUGUAUGGAAUGUAUUAGCCAAUCAGAAACAAGGAAGUUGAUGUAACCUAAACUCUUAUGUAUGCACUAAACUCAUUGCAAGCCAUGAUCAUAUCAUUGUUUCGGGAAGUUAUUGUUGGGAGAGAAAGAGGGGGAGGGAAGAAGUGAGAAAAAAUUCUUAUUACCUUUCGUGAUCUCCUUAUCUUGCAUGAGCCAUGAAAUUUAAAAUUUACCCAGAUCUAUUUCCUUGACAACUGGCAGUGUGUGUAUAUAGAAACGAAACAAUCCGGUACAACCUAAACCCAGUCACUGUUUACCUAUAGUAUUUAUGCAGACGACACAAAAUAACAUCUUUGUUGAAUCGAUCUUGAAGUUUAUGAUUUAAUGCCGAGACCAAUCCUUUUGUAUGGAAAUGUUUGAAGGCAAUAAUACUGAAGAAAUGGAAGUUUUUGUGCGUGGAAAUGUUUGCGUUAUAACUCUUUAAACUAAUCGUAGUCUGAACAUGUUCAUGUUGUUGAUGAAUGGUUCCUCAAUGUUUCAGGGGUUAUGAUCACUUUUGCUCUCUGCACCUUGUGAAUGAGACGAAAAGAUUAGUUUGAUCCUUUGAUGUACAUCAUAAGAAUCUAUUGGUUGCGUGACAGUUGAAUUGACUGGCUUUGAAGUCUGGUGUCGUUCCCAUGCGUUUCCCAUAAUGUUAAAAGCUGACUAUAAAACAAUUUUAUUCAACAGUUUAACACUUGUAUUAGCAUAAUUGACACCUUGUACAUCACAUGCCGUUAUGUAUAAGAGGCUAUACUAUUUUUUUAAGAAUAUAUUGAACUUUUCCAUACAUUUCUUUCAUUUUCCUUGAAUAAAACGGAAUAUCUAUUAGGAUGUUAAUUUAAGAACAUUAAUAUGACACAUGUAAACAUUUAUGGAAUUAACACAUCGUGAGUUUUACUUUUUUAUCAUCUCUUAGGGGCAUGUGGUUUGAUAGUGAUGAAAAAAGUUAAAAGUCUACAAAUAAUCAUGUCACUGAAUUAGGCCCAAUAAUAAAUAGCAUGCAUGUCAUGUAACAACUGUACUCUGUACACUUCUCAAGAUAUGAUACAUUUACUUCACUUUCAUCCCUAUGUACUUUAACCUUUAACCUACAGUGGUGAAAAGGUUAAACAGUUCCAGCACUUUUCACAUAUAGUAUCACAAUAGUAUCACAACUUGACAAAAUCAACAAUAAAAAUAUGAUAAAGGCUACAUGACUUAAAAUAUUGAUGAACACUUUAAGAACAAUAAAUGACAAAGGUGAUCAGUUUCAUUUUAUCGUGUCACAUGACUUUAUGUUUGAUCCAGUGAAACCUGGGUAUAACACUAUGGGGGUGCAUAAUUACUGGUACACCAAUAUAUUGUGGUAUGGCAGAGUCAACACAAUAUUACCGGUGUAUGGCAGAUUCAAUACAAUAUUACAGGUGUAUGGCAGAUUCAAUACAAUAUUACCGGUACACCAGUAUAUUGUGGUAUGGCAGAGUCAAUACAAUAUUACCGGUGUAUGGCAGAUUCAAUACAAUAUUACCGGUACACCAGUAUAUUGUGGUAUGGCAGAGUCAAUUCAAUAUUACCGGUGUAUGGCAGAUUCAAUACAAUAUUACCGGUGUAUGGCAGAUUCAAUACAAUAUUACCAGUACACCAGUAUAUUGUGGUAUGGCAGAGUCAAUAUGAUAUUACUGCUAUACCACUGUAUUGUGGUAUGGCAGAGUCAAUACAAUAUUACCAGUGUAUGGCAGCUAGAGUCAAUACAAUAUUACCGCUAAACCAGUAUAUUGUGGUAUGGCAGAGUAAAUACGAUAUUACUGCUAUACCAGUAUAUUGUGGUAUGGCGGAGUCAAAACAAUAUUACCGGCACACCAGUAUAUUGUGGUAUGGCAGAGUCAAUACAAUAUUACUUCUAUACCAGUAUAUUGUGGUAUGGCAGAGUCAAUACAAUAUUACCGCUAUACCAGUAUAUUGUGGUUUGGCAGAGUCAAUACAAUAUUACCGGUACACCAGUAUAUUGUGGUAUGGCAGAGUCAAUACAAUAUUACCGGUACACCAGUAUAUUGUGGUAUGGCAGAGUCUAUACAAUAUUACUGGUACACCAGUAUAUUGUGGUAUGGUAUGGCAGAGUCAAUACAAUAUUACCGGUACACAAGUAUAUUGUGGUAUGGCAGAGUCAAUGCAAUAUUACCGGUACACCAGUAUAUUGUGGCAUGGCAGAAUCAAUACAAUAUUACCGGUACACCAGCAUAUUGUGGUAUGGCAGAGUCAAUACAACAUUACCGGUACACCAGUAUAUUGUGGUGUGGCAGAGUCAAUACAAUAUUACCGGUACACCAGUAUAUUGUGGCAUGCCAGAGUCAAUACAAUAUUACCGGUACACCAGUAUAUUGUGGGAUGGCAGAGUCAAUACAAUAUUACCGGUACAACCGUAUAUUGUGGUAUGGCAGAGUCAAUUCAAUAUUACUGGUACACCAGUAUAUUGUGGCAUGGCAGAGUCAGUACAAUAUAUACUGCAGGGGUUAAAAAUUCAGCAUUAUUGAAUUUAGUUUUCUUGAUUUCUUGUCACCAAGAGGGAAUAUGGCAUCAAAAUAAUAAAAACUGGAAACAUAAGGAAUUACAAAGUUGAACCAUACCAAAAAAACAGA